AAAAAACAUCUGCAAUCUGCAUUUUGUUUUGAUUUUGAUGAUCUUUAGUAUUUGUUGACUUAAUUAAUUUUAAUAUUAUUUAUCAAGUUGAGUUAACCAUUAAGUGAUCACUUGCUUAUAUCCGAAAAUAUGUCAAAUAAUGUAAACCCACUUGCAGGGACUGCACAUUUAUUGGACGAACUGGAUAAGAAACUUAUGGUGUUGCUACGAGAUGGGAGGACGUUGAUUGGUUACUUGCGUUGCGUGGACCAGUUUGCUAAUCUAGUUCUACAUAGAACUAUAGAAAGGAUACAUGUUGGUCGCGAGUAUGGCGAUAUACCGCGAGGGAUUUUCAUAGUUCGAGGCGAAAAUGUUGUGCUCUUAGGAGAAAUUGACAAAGAUAAAGAAGACAAUCUACCAUUAACAGAAGUCUCAGUAGAUGACAUUCUAGAUGCACAGAGAAGAGAACAAGAUGCUAAAAUAGAACAACAGAAGUUGCUCUCAAAAGCUCUAAAAGAUAGAGGUCUAAAUUUAUUAGCGGACUUAGGACAUGAUGAUAUGUUUUAAUAGUCAUAUAAAAUAUGUUGUAUUAUUUACUUUAACUAUGUUUUAAAAUUAAUUAAAGUUAAGAAAAGUAGCCUGUAUUUCUAAAAUAAUAAA